AUGCCUAUUGAAAUCAGUCGCAUGGUCGACAGCGACAUAGAUGGCGCCGUGGAGUGUAUUCAANAAGCUUUCGCAGAAGACCCCUACUUCGAAUGGGUAUUCCCUGAAAAUCACGCUCUGUUCUACGUAGCCAAAGACCCUUCAUCUUCUACUCCUUCGCGUGUCCUCGGUGUCGCCUGUUGGCUACCUCCCACCAAUUCUUCCGCUCCGCAAUCCUGGAAGAGCUGGUUUGGAGAUUGGUCGCUGUGGUUGAACCAAGUCUGGAUGAAUGCUGUGUAUGGUAGGGGCGGCCUGAACGUGCGCCGCUACCACAUCUGGUUUGUCUCCGGGAUAGUGAUGAUGUAUCAACUCGCUNCUAAUAAUCGAGUUUGUAGGAAAGCUGCUCAAAGCAACGCGCAGCGUCAGCUCUGGACAGAUGACCAGGGUUACUACUUCUGUAAUAUUGUGACAGUGCUUCCGGAAUAUCAAGGGUUGGGUAUAGGAAAAGACNUUUUUGAAGUCGUGAUGCGUCAAGCGGAUGCCGAGGGGCGAAAGUGUUAUCUCGAGAGUUCGAGAGCGGUGCCCAAUAUGGCUAUAUACCAAAAGAUGGGCUUCGAGUUGGCAAAAGAGAUGGAGUGUGAUGAUCAGGGGACUGCCAUAACGCUGUACUGUAUGAUGAGGAGUCCGCGGUCCGAAUAA